AUGCCGAGGUCGAACUUCCGGUCCAUGCGCUCGCAGGCCUUGCCAUGGUGGGGAUCGGUGGCCUUGAUCCUCGUGGCCGUGGAGUACAUCGACCAAGAUCUCCUCGACAGCGGUGGUGUGCAGGGCCAUGGGCAGGUAUCUCAGGUGCGGGCAGCAAGGAGGCUGGUCGAGACGGCCUGGACGAUGCCGCAGGUGGCUCUGAGUCCUUCACCGGCGCACCAGGAGUUUGAUCUUGACCCAACCCAGACAAUUCAGGGGACAAACCAUACCCUGACGGAUGUUGACAACACGGACCCCCGGCACCCCCACGUGGGCCCGUACAUCGAUCCAGCAGGGAUCGAGAACAACGUCCUCUUUGUGGAAGUGCCCUGCUUGGACUUCUUCUCUUACCAGCUGAUCCUCCCCUGCGGCAACUUGUCCGUGCCGCCGGAGGGCAUCGAUUUCCAAACAUCCUUCGGGGAGUAUCACGUGCCAGGUUCUGCAGUGCUAGUGGAUACCGUCAAGCACACCAAGAAAGAAUUGACCCGGUACACGAUUCUCUUCAUCAUCCUCGGCAUCGUAGGCUGGUUGUGCUACACCUUCUGCAUCCCCUCCAACCGUGAGAGGUUCAUCAGCAGAGUGCAAGGCAUCCUUUCUGGCAAGCUGGGCUCCGAUGACGGUGAUGAGGAUGAGGAGGAGGAGAGUGAUGCGGAGAACCCCAUCCGCGAGGAGGAGCUGAAGGCUCGGCUGGACCCCAUGUCGACGGAGUUCAUUGCCCCGGGCAACAUCUACCGCCUUCUGGCGGUUCUCCAUCCCGGAAUCAUCGGAUAUGCCGCCUGGUUCGGGUACGCCCUCAGGGCCUUGAUUGUGGCCUACAUGCAGAUUUGGAUACCUUACCAAAUCGCCACGAACACGCUGAAGCGAUGGCAGUGUCUGGGGGUCAAGUCUCCCCUGUGGUUCUUGGCCAACUGUGGAACCUUCUUUGCAAUGGUCACUGCUUUGGGCACCCUUUGCACCAUGUUUGCACAGAAGUGCGUCCGCCACAUCUUUCACGGAGCAGAGGCGAACAUGUACAUCCUCUCGCAUGACAGUCCCAGCGAAGGCGGCAGCGGCAUGCCCGCAAGCAGACGGUCGUCUGUGUCGUCACAGGCAUCCGAGCCUCAGCCUGAAGAGAGUCUCCUGAAUCCCCUUGCUUCGUCCCUUCGUGUGGCCGGACUGGGUGGUCUGUCCGAGGGGGCCGAGCAGGCCUUGGGAAGCUUAAAAGGAGGUGUCAACACGGCCUUCGACACGUACAAGCGCCUUGAGCAUCCCGAGCUUUCGGACAAGUCCGCCAGCUUCAACGAGUACUUCUGGUGCACCUUGUCGAUGCUCCUGAACGUCCUGAUGUCCAUUCUGCUCGAGGCCGCCAUGUUUCUGAAGGUUGCCACCUUCACGGGCCGCAUUGCCAACGUGGCGAUGACGGCGGUGUCCCUCUACUUCAUCUUUGACCUCGACGAUCGCAUCAUGGAGGCAGACCCCAAGCUGAGGCAGAGAUAUCGCCGGGCGGUUGCCGCACAAACCGUGCCAAUUGCCCCGGACAAACGGCCACGGGCCAUCCCCAUCCUGGCCAACGUCUUCGCUUCCAUCGUGAAGUUGACCGUGCCCCUGGCCUUGAUUGGCGUGGUGCUGUUCGCCUGGAGGCGCUAUGACGAUGGCUUCAUCAUUGGCGGAGACGGCCUCUCUGUGGUCUGA